AUGGCGCUGGAGCUCACGUUUGUCAAUCAAUACGGCGACAGCGCACCUAAGCGGAGGAGGCUCGCCAAGGCGUGUGAGUCUUGUCGGACGAGGAAGAAACGAUGCAUUCACUUUCCAGCAGCCGACGAGUCAGAGAAAGAGAGGGAUCGUCAGGUCGAAGAUGAAUCUGAAGCUGACGGACCGCCCUCGAACGGCAAUACCAACGGGAGUCUGCCAGCACCGACAGGAUCAACAGCGUCCAUUUCCAGGCGGUUCAUCAGUGAUUUGGUCCCGGAGUCGACCUUCUUGCAGCGACAUCAGCCUGCAGCUCCACAGGAGAUCCGUGAACAGAACGACGACAUCGGGAUUUGGGUAGAUCGUCGCGAAUAUGACGCCCUGGUACGACAGAAAAAUACUGCUCGAGAUGAAGCUGCUGAGGCGACCGCAGGUGAAGAGCGACCUCACUCAACUGCUUAUACCCCUCUGAUCGACAUUUACUUUCGAAAACUGCAUCCCGUCCUGCCUUUGCUGGACGAGGCUGAAUUCCGCAGAGACUAUGCUCGAGGUGUCGUGCCAGAGGCUUUAGUCCAUGCUGUAUGUCUGGUUGCGGCAAAGCACUCUGAAGCUGCUCCUUAUCUCCGGCUCAACGAGUCGUCUACUCCCUUAGUCGCACGCGAGUUUUGUCGUAGGUUACACAAGUCGCUUAUGGUUGCGUUACGAGUACCUGGAAGAUAUGAGAAAAUCACACUCAUUCGAACCCUGGCUCUAGCUAGCCUGCACGCUGAGAGCGCGGAAGGGGCGGAAGAGGCUACCUUGUGUUUAAAUCAGGCAAUGCAUUAUCUGCAGACGAUGGGUUGGCAUCUAGGGCAACAUACUGGAGUCACGUCGAGCGAUGAUCUCCAAACCAAGCGGAUAUUCUGGUGUCUAUGGAGCCUCGAUCGGGUCAACAGCUGUAUCUAUGGCCGUCCGAUCAUGAUGAGUGACAUCGACGUCGCCAUAGAGCCGUUCGAGUCUGGGGAAAGUGGCUUUCCAGCAUUCGAGGUAUGGUUGUGUAUCACUCGCACACUCAAUAAAGUGAUUGGCUUCUACCGGCCAGGGGUACCGCUAGAGGUUUCUGGCUGGGAGGAAGACUUUCCAAGCUUUGAAGAUGCCAUUGAAGAAGGUAAAGGACACAACUUGGACCGACCUACAAUGGCUACGCUGCAUCUGUACUACAUGCUUGUCGCCGUGCUCUCGCAUCGUUCACGCGGCGUCAAGUUCGUGUCUCGAUCGACCAAUUCAUAUGUCCGACAGAGUCUCUGCGCAAUCGAGAUCAAUAGACUAAUGAGCUCGCACCUACUGCCAACCCUUCUACCAUUCCCCAUCCUUUCCUACGCGAUCAGCUUGGCAAUGUCGGUAUCUUAUCAACAUCUACGUCAAUCACAGCUCCAGCACCAACAAGAGGAUGCGCGCCAGGAUUUCAAGUCUUGCUGCCAAAUAUUGCAAAAGCUACGCCGUACAUGGUCUUCUGCAGAUGUCAUUGCAACGAUCGCCAGAAAAGUGUUGGAUCAACUAGAAAAAGCGCCUGAUUUGGCAGUGUUCCGAGUGACCAGAGGAUCGGAAGAGGGCCGACAUAGUCCUCACAUCUGUGCCGCAAGCUUUUGGAAACCGCAUACCCUGGUGGAUCAUCCCACCGCAGACAACGCCACGGCUGAAUCAGAAGGCAAUGAGUCCGCUGCGCCAGAUGUCGAACAGCAGCCGGCUACUGAGGCCGACUGGCUGGGGAUGUUUGAGGGAAUCGACGACAUUUUCGGGACUUACUUGGAUCCCAACUAUCCAGUCAAUCUUGACGACAUCUCUUUCGUGGACGACUUGAGUCCACUGGAUUGGAGCGCUCCUUCGUGAGCUACUUUGGGCAUUUUCCCAGAUCUUGGAAUGAUACCCAGGCGCUGAUGCAUUAAGCCGAGCCGUUCUGAUGGGGUUACACGAGACAGAUUGCAAAAAUGACGCCUUCUGUGAUGUUCCUUGGGCGCGACAGUGACGAUCAUGCGGAUACGGAAACAGCCCUGAGUCCGGCAAAGUGCACACUGUGUGUGGAUUCCCUCUUCCCGCGAACCUGUAUGCUCGAGGAAGGGUUCAAAGCGUGCAGACAGUCAGUUUAAUCAUUUUCGUCUCGUGGCAACACAGCUGAGUCCUGGACGGAUUAUGGGAGGCUGAAGAAGCCUGGGUAAGGUUCUAGCAUUGGGCCGCAAAUCUCGAAGACCAGACUCGCCUCGUGCUCCAUGUACAGAUAGACUUGAGUACUGGCACAGAUAGACCUCAUUGUCGGAGGAAUAGAAUGGCGAUGUUCAUAGGCAAUUCGACACAAGUGUG